AUGGCCAACCCACCUUCAAACGGCGUCGACUCUGACGAAGACGUCGAGUUCGAGGAUGUCCCUUUCCAGCCAGCUCAACCUCAACAACCGUCUACAAACGGCUCUUCAGACCUGCCAUCUGAACAUGCCGGCCCCGUCUCCACCAACAUACCAUGGGUUCCCUCACUUCGCGUCCCGCCUCAACGCGAGGCACCCUUUCCCUCGGGCUCAAAUGCAGAGGUACAACUCCGCGGCCGUCUGAGUACCGCCAUCGACCGAAUCAAUUUCCGCCAAAUGAAAGCCCAAAUGGGCAUGGACACGUCAAAUACCCAGCCCGGUUUUAGUCGAUAUACUUGCAUCCAGCAAUUGGCAGAUGAUAUCGAGGGUACGGCCGAUAUGCUCUGGGAAUCAGCAACACCCUCAAUCCAAGUCGAAGGCCUGAUCACUCUAGCCGGCAUCCUAGAACGAUCCCUGGGAACAUACCCCUUCGACCCAGAGCCCACCCUAACAAUCCUCAACAAACUAGAUUACUUCUUCAUCGCGCUCAUGCAGGGCGAACACCCACUAUCACACGUACGCCUCCCCGGCGCAAACCCCGACCGCCCAUUCGUCACGCAGACGCAAAAAGUCCGAAUUCGCAGCAUCGCCGAGUCCACCCGCACCAAUCUCUUUUCCAUGAUGCCCCAGUCUCAGGAUGACGAGGAUGAGGACGAGAAUGGGGAUGGGGAGUAUGAUGAUUGGGAGGAGCCGGAGAUGCCGCCGUGGAUGAUGCAGGCGACGCGUAUUUAUGAGCGUGUUUUGAUGCUUCUCGGAGAUUAG